GUCUUUAACCAGAGAAAAUAUACUCCCGGAUGGUCCGCCUACGAGUCUUUCUCGCCCAAUAAAAAAUGAAGAUGAGCCACACUGUGGCCGGUGCUCUGUCGUCAGUCACCUGAUAGCGCUGUACUCUAAUGAAAAAGAGGAGAAAGUGGCAGCACGGAAGCUUCUGGCGUAGUAUGGCUUCCAAAGCUGACAUUGACUGUGGAUAAUGAAGUUAAAUAGGCAACACCACUUUUGGUAAGGAAAAGAAAAAUCACAUCGUAUGAUGAGCAAGUGUACCCAAGUCGUAACCAUCUCUAUUUUGGCAUGUCUGGCUCAGAUUCCACAGGUGAAACUGCAAGGGAAUUGUACAAACAAUGAUCUCUGUUCCAAUACAAACUGGGUCCAUCAUUGGUAUAUCUGGCUUGUGGUUGGCAUUGGUGGGCUCCUCCUUCUCUGUGCCCUUGUUUCUGUUUGUGUAAGAUGCUGCUGCUUUAAUUGCCAUCCAGGAGAAGAUGCUCGUCCUCAAUCAUAUGAAGUUACAGUUAUUGCUUUUGAUCAUGACAGCACCCUUCAAAGCACCAUCACCUCCUUCCAUUCCAUGUUUGGCCCAGCUGCAUGGAGAAUAUUAGCAGUAGCACAUUCCCACAGUGGAGUUCCAGCAAUGCAUCACCCUGCCCGAACAGAGUCUCCCCCAAUUUAUGAGGAAGCCAUACAUAUGAAUAGAUUCACAGUGGCUCGAAGUGGAGAAAGAGUCCCAGAUUUGGAGCUGAUGCCAGAGGAGAAACAGACAAUAGAUACUGAGAAAGAAGUCCAGGAAGCACAUUCCACAGAGAACUAAGACUCCCAAGUCAGAUGAUCAGCAAGUCUUCCAAAGAAACCUUCACAUAGAUAUACAACUACUUUGAUUGCUCCUGUUUUACCAAAUCCUCCAUUUUUAAUACUAUAAUUCUAAAAAUGUGUAAAAUAUGAAAUAAAUUGCAUACAACAUGCUCAUGCACACAGGUGUUAACAUGCAUCAAGGAACAUGUUUGCAGAAAUUUAAAACAUAUUUCUGAAGUACAUCUUUUUCUUCUAGAUCAGGGGUGUCAAACUCAAGACCAGGGGGCCAGAUCCGGCCUGUGGGAUGCUUAAAUCUGGCCCAUGAGGUCACCCUGUAAACAGAGAAGGAGUGGCCUGUGGUGCCACUGCCAGCAAAAAUGGAGCUUGCAAGGGCCACAGGCAGCCUCCUGAGCUCUGUUUUUGCUGGCAGAAGGUUGCAGGAGGCUGUUGAAGCUGAAAAUGGAGCUCAGGAGCCUGUUUUUGCUGGAAGAGUGCUGGGGCCACCACAGGUGCCCCUGACAUGAGUGACAUUGAGCUGGCCACACCUAACCCAGCCACGCCCACCCUGGCCCCCUCAGGUCAAACACAAACUUGUGUGGCCCUCAAUGUAAUUGAGUUUGACACCCCUGUUAUAGAUCUACUACUUUCAUACCUAAAAGAUAUUCCAGAGUGCAUCAUUCACUUUCCAAAACAGUUUUAGGGUUAUUACAACAGUUCUCAUGCAAUGCUUUUACUUUCUUCUCUUUCAACAAAUACAUCCAUUCAGAUUAGUGGGCUUCACACAAACAAAACCACAAAGAUUUAAACUCAUGAUUUUGAAUAGCUCAUAUGCUAGCUAUUUAUAACCAGGCUUUUAGUUUUGUCUUCCAUUCCUUGAAGUCAGGAUCAAAAUCUUAGGUGAUUGAAAUUUUGCAUUAAUAUUUUAAAAUUCUAUGAAGUGACAUCCACUAUUUAUGGUUGGUGAAUUUUUGAUAGUGAAUUACCUCUGGGAGCCAAAAUCCAAUCCAGAAUUUGCAUAUAUAUGUUUUAGGUGUGGCAGAGUAAUUUCUAGGCCUAAUCCAGGGUCCAUCCAUUUAUUGCAUGUUAUGCAUUGCCUAUUACCAUAUCUUUUAUUUCUUUAUUAAGCCACUUCAAUAAAAGAAAAAUAGCUGACAAAAACUAAAUUUAUACGAUCAAAUCAACAAAAAAUCAUGAAAAUAUCAACACAUGCAUCCACAUCAGAAACAGAAAAGCCAUAAUAUUUAUGUUGUUGUUAGUUGCAAAGUCGUGUCCCAUUGCGACCCCAUGGAUAAUGUUCCUUCAGGCCUUCCUGUCCUCUACCAUCCUCUGGAGUCCAUUUAUUUAUAAACUCUGGAGUCCAUAAUAUUUAUGAAUUCUUUAUUAAUGGAUGAUUUACACUACAGGUAUUUCCUCUUUAUGAAUGCAUGCUUAAAUGUUAAUGUUAAAGUUAAGACUGUUUGCCUGAGAAGAUUUGUUUGCCUGAGAAGAUUUGUUUGCCUGAGAAGAUUUGUCUCAGACUGUUUGUCUCAGACUGUUUGCCUGAGAAGAUGGAAAGAAGAAGACAGAUGAAUUGCCAACAAUUCCUAUAAAUCUUUUAAUUCUAUCUCAAUUUCUAAGAGAAUAAACAUUCUGCUGUUUGACUGAUUAGGAAUAUUUGGAGAGUCAGAGAGACUCACCCAUUUGCUCUAAUGAAUACUUUCAAAGGUUAAAUGCAAUCCAUGUGAGUAUCAGAAAUUUAAUAUACUUUUAUCUUCUUUUAUGAAACUCCCUGUUGGGACAACUGUGGUGGUUAGGGUUUAUGUGAGCAGAAGUCCAAUAUACCUGGAAUGUCAGAUCUGCCAACAAACUGCUUCAGUGCUGCUUCAUUUCUCUUUGAUGGCAGCCUGCCAUAAAAUGUGGGAAAGUGAAUUGGGAAGGUAGGGAGGGGAGAUGACAGAAAUCAGAGGUGCCAUCCAGAGACAAUGGUUGAAAAAUCCAAAGACACAGCCUGGGAAUGGAAUGCAAAAUGCCCAUUCAAAGAGGUGCCAAAAUGUGGAACUAUUACAAAAACACCUAAUUGGAACCUUAUUGGACACAACCAAGAUGACCAAGAGGAGAGGGCCUGGGAGAGGGAAAAAUUACUGGGGUUACAUGAGAAAGCCUC